CUAAUCCUCCCGCACAAUCCGUUACGUUUAGGAACUGAUAAUUCUUAUCGUAAGUUGAAGUUUUAGGAUUACAUCAAGCUGAAGUUGAUUCUUACGUUGAAUAUUUAAAUAAUUUAACUUACUGAAUCAAAAUUUUCUCGGUUUUUCGGUGUUCUCCUGACAUUAUGACCAAGUUAGAGCACGAAUUUGAAAUCAUAACCUCACUUUCCGUCCAUUGAUUGUUUUUGUUCUGAUGGCGGGCAAAUCGCGAUGUUAAAUCGUUUCCUAAUAAUUUUGUUGUGUUUGUGAUAUUGUAAGUUUAAUUUCCAUCAAAAAUGUAUAUCAAAUCCAUGAUUAUCGAGGGAUUCAAAUCCUAUGGGUCUAGAACUGAAAUCCACGGUUUUGACAAAGAAUUCAAUGCUAUCACUGGUUUGAACGGGAGUGGAAAGUCAAACAUUCUGGAUGCAAUUUGUUUUGUUCUUGGAAUCUCAAAUUUGUCACAGGUUCGAGCUGGAUCUCUUCAGGAGCUUGUUUACAAAAGUGGUCAAGCUGGUAUCACCAAAGCAAGCGUGACAAUAGUGUUCGAUAAUCGUGAUGAAAAGAAAAGUCCGCUUGGAUAUGAAAGAUAUGAAGAAAUCACCGUCACCCGUCAGACGGUCAUCGCUGGUAAAAACAGAUACCUGAUCAAUGGGUCCACAGUGCAAAACAAACGAGUGACAGAUCUUUUCAACUCAGUGCAACUCAAUGUCAACAACCCCCACUUCCUUAUUAUGCAGGGGCGUAUUACCAAAGUCCUCAACAUGAAACCACCAGAGAUCUUGUCCAUGAUCGAAGAAGCUGCAGGAACGCGGAUGUACGAAACGAAGAAACAGGCAGCGCAAAAAACCAUAGAGAAGAAGGAUGCUAAGUUGCAGGAACUAAAUGCUCUCGUAAAUGAAGAAAUAGCACCAAAAUUGGACAGGUUGAAACAUGAAAGAGGACAAUAUCUGGAACUUCAAAAAGUCCAACGAGAACUGGAGCAUGUGACCAAAAUUUGUAUAGCGUAUAAGUAUUUAUGUCUAGAGAAUACCAGUUCAAAAGCACAGGAACGCUUAGAAGAAGUAGUGACAAAAAUACAAAGCAAUAAAGAACAGAAGGAGUCUGGUAAUGCUCAAAUCAAAGAGUUAGAAAAUCAAAUUGAAGAAAUGCAGAGGCGGAAGUCUGCGGAAAGUGAUGGUCAACUAGAAGAAAGAGAGAAAGAACUGAAAGAUGCUGAGAAAAUCGAGGCCACUGCUGCUGUGAAACUAAAAAGUGCCAAAGACAACAUCUCUGCUGAAGAGAAGCGUUGUAAACAAAUUGAAAAAAGUAUUCAUGAGGAUGAGAAAGCGCUGGGGGUCAAGGAGGGAGAGUUGGGGAAAAUCCAAGACAAUUACAACACCAUGAAGACGGAGGAAGAGGAAGAUAAUGCGGCGCUCGCUGCUGCGCAGAAAAAAUUCCAAGCGGUCAGCUCGGGUCUCAUGGCUUCAGAUUCAGGAGGGGAUGCUACUCUUCAAGAUCAACUGAUGGCUGCAAAACAAGAAAUAACGCAAGCAGACACAGAAAGCAAGCAAUGUAGUAUGCAGCUAGAGCACAGCAAGAAGCAGCUGGCGGCUAGAGAAAAAGAAAUCAAGAAAACGGAGAAAGACUACGCAGAAGACACAAAGCAAUUGUCAGCCAUGGAGAAAGAGUUAACAGCUCUUGAGGGUGAAUUGAGUAAGUUCAACUAUGAAGAAGGACUGAUCGAGAGUCUUGGAGAAAGGCAAGGCACCCUGAAGUCAUCUAUCCGCAAGUUGAGGCAGCAAGUUGAAUCUUUUGAAAGCAAAAAUAGCAAUAUCAUUUUCCGGUAUCAGAAACCAGAGCCCAAUUUCAAUGAUGCAGCAGUUCGAGGAUAUGUGUGUAAAUUAUUUAAAGUCAAAGAUAAGAAAUUCACAACAGCUUUGGAAACAGCUGCUGGUGGAAGAUUAUUCAAUGUGAUAGUAGAUAACGAAAAAAUUAGUAACCUAUUAAUUCAAAAAGGCAGACUUCAGAAAAGGAUAACGUUUGUGCCACUAAAUCGGAUACAAGGAAAUGCAAUGGAUAAUAGGACCAUCGCGUCUGCAGAACAAAUCGCAGGCAAAGGUCGCGUGUUUCCAGCGCUUUCGCUCAUUGAUUACGAGCCUCAAUACAAAGCGGCUAUGCAGUGGCUGUUUGGUCAAGUGUUUGUCUGUGCAGAUAACAAAGCUGCAAAUAUCGUCUGUUACGACAAUAGGAUUAAGAAAAAGUGUGUUACGCUUGAUGGUGAUGUCUACAAUCCAUCUGGUGUUAUCUCUGGAGGUGCUGCGGUAAAAUCUGCUUCUGUUUUGUCACUUAUCGAAGAAAUGGGUGAUGUAGAGAAACAACUCGCUGCUCAAGAGGCAGAGUUAGCAGAGGUUGAAAGGGAAAUAGCACGCACCAGCAAAGUUGCUGCAAGCUAUGCUGCCACGAAGCAAAAGUUUGAAAAGAGGACCCAUGAGGUGGCAUUGGUGAAGCAGCGAUUUGCGCAGACGUCGCAUCAUCAGAAUCGCGAAGAGGUGGACGCUCUAAAGAAGACUAUCGAAGAGCUCGCUGAAAAGAUGGAGGUGUGCAAGCAGCGGCAGAAGGAGGGCUCUGCCAAGGUUAAGGAGCUCACGGACAAACUCAAAAACAUCAACGCCAUUCGUGAGAAAGAGCUCAAAGAGGCUGAGAAAGAAAUGAAUCGGCUCAAGAAAAAAUGCGACGACAGUCGAAAGAAAUGGAAACAAAAAGAACAAGCGUUCGAUACCCUCAAGUUGGAAAUUGAGGAGCUGAAAAAGAGUAUUGAGUCUGGGCGUGAGCAGCUGGCCACGACGCAAGCCAGCAUUGCCACGAUGAAAGAGGAGGUGGCAAAACUAUCAGAAGUUGUUUCGGAGAAAAAGGAUGCUGUCAAGGAACUCCAGGGUGUGGUUAAAGCGCUCAAGGAGUCCAUCAGCAAACAAAACAAAGAGAUUCAAGCCACCAUUCAUAAGAAAGAAAAACUUAUCAAGGACAUAGCCAACUGUGAUCUGGAGGUGAUAUCACUUCAACAUCAAAUGGAAAAACUGAAAGCUGAAGCUAAAGAUGCCGAAUCGAAGCUCAAAGAAAUGAUAAGAAGAUAUGAUUGGAUUGAGGGUGACCGACAAUACUUUGGCAAACCAAACGGUAUUUACGAUUUCGAGGAAAAUGACCCAAAGGAAGCGAGCAAACGUGUGGCAAAACUGCAAGAGACCAAAGAAAAGCUAAGCAGGACUGUGAACACGCGUGCGAUGAACCUCCUUGGCAAAGAAGAGGAGCAAUACAAUGAGAUGAUGCGGAAAAAGCGGAUCGUUGAAAAUGAUAAAAGGAAAAUCGAAGAUGUGAUCAAAGAGCUUGAUGAAAAGAAGAGAGCCGCGCUCAAGGUUGCCUGGGAGCAGGUCAACAAAGAUUUCGGCUCGAUAUUUAGCACUCUCCUGCCCGGAACACAAGCGAUGCUCAAACCGCCUGAUGGGAAAACGCUUCUGGAUGGUUUGGAGGUGAAAAUUGGGUUCGGUGGCAUUUGGAAGGAAAGUUUAGGAGAGCUGUCAGGAGGUCAAAGAUCUUUGGUUGCUCUGUCACUUAUUCUCGCUAUGCUGCUGUUCCGACCGGCACCAAUUUACAUUCUCGAUGAAGUUGAUGCCGCUCUUGAUCUCUCUCACACGCAGAACAUCGGACAGAUGUUGAAAGCUCAUUUCAAACAUUCUCAAUUUGUUAUCGUCUCAUUAAAAGAUGGCAUGUUCAAUAAUGCCAAUGUAUUGUUCCGUACAAAAUUUGUUGAGGGCAUGUCAACAGUCACUCGCACAACUGCCAAGGACAAUGCCCGGUAAUCUUAAAUGAGUUUCGCGUGUUUCCUAUAUUUUCUUUUUAAUUCCUUGUACAGUGAUUUUUCUUUUUGUUUUCUACUGUUAAGAACCAUUUUGAAAGAUAAUAUUAUUUUUUCACCUCCAUGUCUGUUCUUUCUGAUUUUGUAAUAAAUUUCUAUUUUGUGAAA